AAACUAGAGAGAAUUUACUGUACGUAUUUCAAACUUGAAAACGUCGAUACGCAUCGGAACAUACGCGCAUAAUCGCGAUUAUACAAUAUACAUAGUUUGCGAUUACGUAGCCCGUCAAGGAAAGGAAGGGCACGCGGCAAAACGAGGAGGCCGCAUUGGUCAAACAGAAGGGACCGGGGAAAGGGAAAGCGAGGGAGAAGGGAGCGAAGCAUGGCUGCGGUCAAUCGAGCGAUAGCCGUGCACGUGUAUUUCGACGAAUCGCGUUACGCGUCGCCACGCGUGUCGUCAAAGUCGAUUCGAACGCCUAACGUCGCGACAUCGUGCGUAUGCAUCGUCGAGACAUCGCAUCCUCGGAUACACAUGUGCGGAGGACGGGAUCGAAACGUGCGCAGGUGUUGCUCGUGUAUGUGCACCGGUCGUCUCUGUUCAAAAAGUCCGAAGGCUGCGAGAAAACGGUAACACAUAGUUAAGAAGAUCCCUUGGAAGAGGAAUGAAGGUUUCGCAGACUCACCUCGGCGAAGCUGGAAACGGUACGAACAGCUGCUGCAGGUUAUGCCUCCGCGAGAAAGUUUAUUCGAGACCGUUAUUCGUAGAAGGAACCGCUACCGAGCGGCUGCGUUCCCGAAUUCUAGACUGUUGUCCCAUCACGCUGUUCGACGAUGACCGUUUGCCAAGCUCGAUAUGCGAUCUCUGCGAGAACAAGCUGGACAUUGUUUACCAAUUCCGUCAACUGUGCAGGGAAUCGGAACGCGUGCUUCGCGCGCGUUUCGUGUCUAGUUUCCGUGAACAAAGCGGCGCUCUCCGGGUGGGCGGCGCGCAAACGUGCGUGGACAAACGGACUAAAAUAUCGGAAGCGAGACCUGUGAGCUGCGACAUUGUUCGCGAUAACAGCGAGGUCAUCGAGGAAACCGGAACUGGGAAGCGAGCGGAACCGUUGGGCUUUCAGUCGGAAGAAGAGGAGGAAGCGGAAUCUGUUCGACACCAACUAGAAUCGGAAUCGGGAACGCCGAUAGCCAAGCAAAGGAAAAACAAAGAGCUCGAAGAAGAGGAUCACAGUUCCCAGAGCAGAACGACAACGGAAGCUGCGAAGACGUCCUCCUGCGCCGAAAGCGGGGAACGAGGGGAAAAGAAGUACCUUUGCGACUUGUGCAGCAAAACGUUCGCCUCGAAAUCGGGCCUGAGGUUCCACUUGAAGUCGCACGUCGGCGAGAAACCGCACCCUUGCCGGCACUGCGGCAAACGGUUCGCCAUACCGAGUUACGCGAAAAGGCACGAGAGGAUUCACACCGCGGAGAAGCAAUUCGUUUGUCACGUUUGCAGCGCCGCGUUCGCCUCGUCGAACGGUCUCCGAUAUCAUCUGAGGUCGCACACCGGAGAGGCGAAUUAUCGCUGCGAGACCUGCGACAAAUCCUUCGGUCGUUACAAGUACUUGAAGGAGCACGUUUUUACACAUACAGGAGAGAAACCGUUCGCCUGCAAGAGCUGCGGUGCGGCGUACGCCAACUCUGGUAGCCUCUUCGUUCACGAGAAGAAGUGCAGGAACAAAUCCGGGGUCGACCGGCCUGGCGAACCUACCGGUUGAUCGUUUUGGUUUCUCGGCUGAAAUCGGUCGAUAAGGGCAAGUUCAUUCGAGAGACAAAUUCAAACAAUUUUCACUCUUUAUUUCAUCGCGCGACCUGAGUCGAGUUCGAAUUCUCUUGGAGAUAGUAGCGAACCAAGCGUACAUAAUGUAAUGCGACGCAGCGCGAUCAACAGUCUUUGGUAUUGAGAGAAAUAUUGUGUCGAGCGGAGUCGUAAGCAAUUGCAGGCAUUUGGUUAGAAAUUUGCUCGGGAGGACCGCGGUGAGAACAGUACAGUAAUGUCUCCCUUAUUGACGCUUAGAUUGCGCACGAAAAUGGACAAUUUUGGAAGGAAGAGGAGAUGC